CUUGAUUCGAAAAGCCCCACACGACAAGCGAGGGUGGAUCUAUGGCUCUAUGUUAUGUUGAAACACUUUCUCACCAUACACAUAUUUAAUUGAAGACCAGAUAUUGUUACAAGGAGGGUGGAUAUCUGACAAGAAUGAGCAAGAAUUGGCAAACUAUGCAAGUCCAGCACUGAGAGGAGGUGAUGGGGAUUGAGAAAUUACCGUUGCGUUUUCUUAUUCAUUGCAUUUGGCUUGGAGUGUGGGGAGUUGAUACCUCGUCAUGGACUGCUGAGGUGCCCGGCUCAGUCUCCGGCCUGGAGGGCUCAUGCAUCGUGAUUCCCUGCUCAUUCAACUACCCAGAACCAAAGAUAAAGCCCUCUGAAUUCACUGGCAUCUGGUUCAAAGACACUUCUGAGGUUAUCUACCACCCAGACAGCUCCAACGUCAUCACAGACUACAGGGGUCGUACAGAGCUAGUAGGAAACCUCAGACAGAAGAACUGCUCUCUCAGAAUCGACCCCCUCCAUAGCAGUGACAAAGGACCCUUUACUUUCAGGAUUGAGAUCAAAGACUAUAACAAGGCUUCAUACAAAGAUGACAGAGUCUCCAUUGCAGUGAGGGACUCUCCAGACCCCCUCUCUCUGUCAGUGAUGGAGGUGGUGAAGGUGGGGGAGGAGGUAUCUGCCUCCUGCUCUGUGUCUCACUCCUGCCCAUCUGAUCCCCCUCUCAUCACCUGGAGCCACUCUGGAACACCCAGCAUCCAAUCACAGCAGCAGACCAAGGGCCAGUGGGAAGAGACAUCAACCCUGACCUUUAGAUCCAGCAACGCUGAUAACAACCAGCCUCUAGUCUGCACAGCAGCAUACAGGGGAGGGAAGACAGUGAAAAGCUCCAAGACGCUAACUGUCAAAUAUGCCCCAGUGGAUGUGAAGGUUAAGGGAGUGUCCAGUGUGAAGGAGGGAGACUCUGUGGAGCUGAGAUGCUCCAGUGACAGUAACCCUGCUGCCCACAGCUACCGUUGGCACAACAGCAGAGGACCUCUGCCCACCACUGGACCCACACUCACACUGGAGAAUGUGACCAGACUCACUGAAGCCCUCUACUGCAUUGCCAUCAACACAGAGGGACAAGGCCAAUCCAGCCCACUGAAGCUCAAUGUAGAGUACCCCCCUGAGAUCAAAGUGGAUUCUGCCUGCACUUCAGAAAUCUCUAUGGUAACAUGUCUGUGCAUUGUGGAUUCAGAGCCCCCCAGCACUGUGGAGUGGUCUCUUCCAGCAGGACACCUGCCCAGUACCAGGGUGGAGAUGCAUGGGUCAGUUACCAUGGUUAGCCUACAGAGGGCACUAGGCUUCUCAGAGACCGUCCACUGCCAUGCCAGCAACACACAGGGCAAUGCCACCUUGUCCUUCACUGUGUCCACAAAUGAUAAGAUGUUCAUGCUGUACGUUUCAAUUGGUAUUGCUGCAUUAGUGGUGGUGGUAAUACUAGUUCCCAUGUCAGCUUGCCUAUUGACUAAGAAGGGUGGGAGGAGUCAUAGUGACCUGCCAGUAGCCAGUAUACAGGACAUGGAUGCAGCCAAGUGUGCUUCCUCAGAUCCCUCAACAUCAUGGAAAGAGCAGAAAGACACCAGCAGUAAAAUCCUCACAAACUACUACACCAACGAUCAGCUAUAUGGCAACAUGGAGGCUGAAGAAGAUGGCGACCCAUGCGAAUGUGUUGGUGGAGACGAUGCAAUCUAUGGUAACAUUUGAACACAACAGGAAGCAUGUGGGAGUCAGCUGGCUCAGAGGCCAUUGUACUUAGUCUGUCAAAAGCUCCAGUAAAAUAUUUACAUUUUAACACAAUGUAGCACAGCAGCCAACUGCUUAUUUGUUAGCUUUAUUGUUAUUAUGGCUAAAGAAUAUAGUACAUUCUUAUUUGUGUUGUGGCUUGUGUUAUGGCUUUCACAAGGUUUUUGUUUGUAUCUAUGGCUUGGGUGAUUCAGAAUAAGCCUGAUAUGAAUGGCUAUACAGUUAUAAUUAUUGGGAAGUGUAUAUACAGUAUAUUAUUGUUUUUGUGUUGCUCCUUUCAACUGUAAUCCACUUAUGUGUAACUGACACUCAGGUCAGCACGGUGCUUCUGUGGUCCCCUUGAAUGUACAGAGAGAUACAGUAUAGUGUCAUUUGUCAAAACAGGACAUAUUGAGAUAUACUGUAUGUACUUGAGAUGGAGAAUACGAUUGUAAAGUAAAGUACCUUGAACAUUUUCUCCAGAUCAGAUUGAAUAUGAACAUGUGUAAAUGUUCAACAACAACAGUGAUCAAAUGAAAAAUAUCUGUGUUUCAUUGCAUUUUAAUAUAGUCUGUAAUGUUUGUUUCUGAAUAUCCCAAUCUACUAGCGAGUUAUUUUUCAUCCUUUGUGUUCUUACUGGGACACGCUGAUCCACAUUGAUCUAAUGUGUGGGAAAAACAAACAUCUAUUGUUAUCAUAAAUCAACUUCAAGUACUCAAAGAAUGUAAAUGUCAAGCAGAAGUAAUUGUUAGUCACCAAUGAGCUGCUGUCUCCACUUGUCUUCCUCUUCUCAGGGGUCUCCACUGGUUAUCACAGCCACAAAGUCAUAAACCCCACCUAUAUCUACAAAUUAUCUCAUUCAAAUCUGCUUUUAAACCCAAUUCUAACCUUAAAUUAAAAACAAAACACAUUUUUGUUUUCAUAGAUUAUAAGGAUAUAGUCCGUUGACGUUGUGGCUGUGUUAUCUAGUUGAAACUCUUCACAGGUCGUUGUGGCCUCUGCAAAUCAACACAUGUUGGUUCAUAGAAGGUAUUACAUCAUAAGUUUAUGUGAAAUGGAUUGAGGAUUGAUGAGCAAGAGAAGUAGAGGACUAAAAUGUGAACAAACUUAAUUAAUGCACCACCAGUUCUGUCUGGUCUGCUCUAGAUUCACAUAAAAGAUUAUCAUGACGAUUUUGUUGUAGAUUUGGAUCACAAUAAAUGGUGUUGCAGUAAAAGCCCAUCUAGAGAAUCUAUCCCAAAGUGAUCGAUCCCCUAUAAAGUUAUAUACUCUGAGUACAAACAGUCUAAACCAUCUACCAUAUAAAUGUUGCUUAUUUUUUAUUUUACAAUACAUUCUGGAACUUUGAGGGUUUAUGACACAGCCCCACUAGGAUCUCUAUGGCGACUCUGAUCCAACCAUUAAUACAUACAGUGCAUUACUAUGAGAGGAUGUAAAUUCAAUAUGUAGCUAGAUGUAGAAGGCUAAUGUUAACUAGGUAACGUGUCCCAUGAAUGGAAGUUAGGCCAGCAAGCAAGCAUUUUAGCCAGGUAGCCUAGGACAACAAAAUAAAGUGUGUACUGUAUGACAGAGUGAUAGAUUGUUUCGUCAACAUGAAAGAGAGCAGGAUGGUUUGGCGUUUCUCUACAAGGAGGGUCAGUCAACAUGUUUUUCUACUUGCACGAACAUGCGCACACACACGCACACAGAAAUCAGAACCAUGGACAGCCACAUCAUAUUCUUCCCCAGUGAUUUUACCCACACCUGACAGCAAUGUCUUUAGGUCAGGACUUACUAUAUCAAAUCAAAUCAAAUCAAAUGUAUUUAUAUAGCCCUUCGUACAUCAGCUGAUAUCUCAAAGUGCUGUACAGAAACCCAGCUUAAAACCCCAAACAGCAAGCAAUGCAGGUGUAGAAGCACGGUCGCUAGGAAAAACUCCCUAGAAAGGCCAAAACCUAGGAAGAAACCUAGAGAGGAACCAGGCUAUGAGGAGUGGCCAGUCCUCUUCUGGCUGUGCCGGGUGGAGAUUAUAACAGAACAUGGCCAAGAUGUUAAAAUGUUCAUAAAUGACCAGCAUGGUCGAAUAAUAAUAAGGCAGAACAGUUGAAACUGGAGCAGCAGCACGGCCAGGUGGACUGGGGACAGCAAGGAGUCAUCAUGUCAGGUAGUCCUGGGGCAUGGUCCUACACUUGUCUUUACUCUCUUUAAAUAAAUACAUUUUGCAGUAUUACAAUUAUAUUUUACACACUGUCAAUUUUGUUUCCCCUCAUUUAUUUGAGUUGGAAUUUCUCAAACUGCACAUGGAAGUCAGGCUUUCCUCUUGAUCAUAUGACUACAGGACCCAGAAUAUGAAUAUAUCAGAUAUGUUACAGAGACAGAACAUGAGAGGGAGCAAGGAUUGGUGUGAAAAUAGUAGGCCUACACAAGGCCUUUGGUCUGAUUCUCUACUGUUCUCUCCAUAGAGUGUACUCUCUCACUCCCCAAUAAUACAUAGAAUAAUGAAGACAGAUCCUGUGUAGGCUAAUACAUGCAACACAUAGCCACUGAGAGAUGAAAAUAGGACACCCACAGGGGUUUUGAUGGUGAUAGCAUCGAAGAAGCAGGCUACAUUCAGUAAUAAAAUUAAGUGUUACAGCAUUUGUGUUCAGCACAUUCUUUGCUUGUAA